CAUCAUCGAUCAACAUCUGCCAUGGGCUCCCCUCUUAAUAUAUCGGGAUCUGCUUCUCAGCUCUUCCGAAACAAAAAUUGCGCUGAAUACAGGGCGCUUUCUAUCAUUGCAGAGUCGCUUGCACACCCUCAACGAACCAUUCUCAGUGCCUUUGUGCAGCACGCCGUCGACCGAGAAAUUGCAUCGCAGUUUUUCCUUGACGAAAUCUCUGGAGAGGAUAAGGUCGCAGCAUCAGAGUUUUUAGCUGACUGGAUAUGUCUUCUUAAGAAAGUACGCCCUGUUGUUUGCACGGAUUUGAAGGAGUCACUAAGGCGAAACAUAUGGCAAAGAGAUGGAGGACGAUGCUGUAUCUCCAAGGCCGAAAAGGAAAAGCAGUAUGAAGGAAGCCUCGUGCUUGCCUACGUCUUGUCCCCUUCAUUUUUCUGUGAUAGUGACAUGAUCAACAACAAAAGGCUUUCCAGGAUAUUUGCGGCAUUCAUAGGGGAGUCGCAAUUGCAAAAUUUGCGAUCACUCAUAGGCCAAGACUCUUUUUCUCCUGAUCGAAAUCAGUCCGAUCAGUUGGUCCUAUUAUCGACACAAAUUUUCGAACAUUUCAGAAACGGGAGGCUUUCUCUUAAGCGCAGUUUCUCCGAGGCUGUGGGCGACUCGGCUCGGUAUCUUGUGCAAUCGAGGAAAUUUAUUCCAUCUAUUCACGUCGGAAGGUACCAAUUCAUAACGCUGGAAAACAAAGCCGUUGGACUUGUUUCGCUUCCAAACGCGCAGCUUUUGGAAAUCCAUCACCGGUGUGCAGAGGCUUUAGCGUGGCUAGAAGUAUUCGAAUAUAUGAAUCGGAACCUCAACACGCUACAUAGGCCGGGUAGUGGGAAAUUUGCGAAUCCUGCCAUGGGAACGCCGGCAAACAAAAGCUCCUGGAACCUAUGGUACCUCCAAGCUAUACCUGGAGCCUUUCGAUAUGUCUGGGUUCAGACACCGGCCUUCUUUCGAGCGUUUGCCUACAAGCGCUUAGCCCGGAUUUCAAACUGGCUCUACGGUUACACCGGCUCGGACAGGAUUUAUCGACUUCCUUUCAAUCUGUAUUUGCGGGUGGCAAGUAGUGAUUGGGCACCGAAACAUCAAGCGGAAGCCCAAUCGCUUCGUCUGAUUGAAAAGUAUACCCACGUCCCCGCGCCAAGAGCAGUCGAUGCUGUUCAAUACUCCGAUUCUUCGUUUCUCCUAAUGACUGGAAUCCCCGGAGAAAUAAUUGGGCGAAGGAUCGCUACCAUGACCGAUGAACAAUUGCAUUCCAUCGCACAGGAUCUCAAGAAAUACAUAGCUGAGCUGCGGCAAAUUCCCAACAACACAGGCUCGGGUUUCCAGAUAUGCAAUGCACUAGGGGGAGGCAUCUUAGACUGGCGAAUUGGCGAAUCGCAACGCAGAGAGCUUAGGUUCCUAGAUGAAACGCAGUUUAACGAGUACUUGAUCGAAGACCUUCCACUGGACGAAGAUGCACGGAAACUGGUGUCGAAGUCACAUGGUGUGAAACAUGAUAUCGUUUUCACGCAUGGAGAUCUCAAUCUAAGGAAUAUCCUGGUUGAUGGGAAUGGAAAGAUUUCUGGAAUCGUUGAUUGGGAGUGCGCGGGCUGGUACCCUGAGUAUUGGGAAUAUACCAAGGCACAUUUUGCAACGCGAUAUACUGUUCGGUGGACUGCGGAUGUAAUUGAUCAGGAUUUUCUUGGUUACCGCGACGAGUUGCAGGUGGAGGAUAUGCUCUCUAUUAUGCUGCCUCCGUGGUAGGCCUGCCGGAACAUGAAUGCAUCCUUAAUCCAUACCUAGAUCAUGAAUCGAUCCUUUCUAU